AGCUUGUGUUAUCUUGGGUGUCAUAUUCCUCCUGUCAUCUGUAUGUAUUGUGAUCAAAGCUAUCCACGAUCUUGCGAAGAAGGUGCUUCCAGAAGUGGAUGAUUUUCUGUAUAGUGUCUCUGUUUUAAGUGGAAUCCUUUGCACUGCCUUGGCAGUAAUCAAAUUUAUGCUGGGAAAGGUCCUUACAAGCAGAGCACUGAUAACUGAUGGUUUCAACUCUCUUGUAGGUGGAAUAAUGGGAUUUUCCAUCCUUCUUAGUGCAGAAGUGUUUAAACACAAUUCUUCUGUCUGGUACCUGGAUGGCAGUAUAGGAGUGUUAAUUGGACUUACAAUAUUUGCCUAUGGAGUCAAGCUGCUCAUCGACAUGGUGCCUCGUGUGAGGCAAACACGCCACUACGAGAUGUUCGAGUGAAGGAUUCCCCUCCCCUCUGUAAGGACUGUACAACUACAGUGUCAUCCGUCUUGGCAAGUGGUGCCAAUGGUAUUUUACUGAACAUGCAGUUUGUUUCCCGUGGUCUGUUUUUUGUUGGAGUUUGUUUUAAUGGGAGAUCUCUCUGUAAAUCUGGCAUAUGUGCACACUGCUUGCAAUUCAGCCAAACAGCAGCGUUUUUUUUUUCUUCAUUUCAAGUAUGCUAUUGAUUCCUGUGACAAUAGAAAACAUGCAGUUUGCAGUUUGAACCCAGCUGCCAUGGUGUAUAUUUCAGAGUGAAAGUGUUAAUGGUGUGGUUAAGCCUGUGG